AUGGCGGCGCAGUGCUGCUGCCGCAAGGCGCCCGGCGCCGAGGCCGCGCCCGCCCGCCCGCCGCCGGAGCCGCCGCCCGCCCUGGACGUGGCCUCGGCCUCCAGCGCGCAGCUCUUCCGCCUCCGCCACCUGCAGCUGGGCCUGGAGCUGCGGCCCGAGGCGCGCGAGCUGGCCGGCUGCCUGGUGCUCGAGCUGUGCGCGCUGCGGCCCGCGCCCCGCGCGCUCGUGCUCGACACGCACCCGGCCCUGCGCCUGCACUCGGCCGCCUUCCGCCGCGCCCCCACCGCCGCCGCCGCCGCCGCCGAGCCGCCCUGCGCCUUUGCUUUCGCCACCCCCGGACCCGGGUCCGCGCCCCCGCCCCCGCCCCCGCUGCCCGCCUUCCCCGAGGAGCCCGAAACCGAGCCCUCCUGUUGCCCGCUGGCCUUCAGGGUGGACCCAUUCACCGACUAUGGUUCCUCGCUCACCGUCACGCUGCCGCCUGAGCUGGAGGCGCACCAGCCCUUCCAGGUCAUCCUCCGCUACACCUCGACCGACGCCCCUGCCAUCUGGUGGCUGGACCCCGAGCUGACCUACGGCAGUGCCAAGCCCUUCGUCUUCACCCAAGGCCACUCUGUCUGCAACCGUUCCUUCUUCCCCUGCUUUGACACACCUGCUGUCAAGUGUACCUACUCAGCCGUAGUCAAGGCCCCGUUGGGGGUGCAGGUGUUGAUGAGCGCCACAAAGAGCACCUACGUGGAGGAGGAGGGCGUCUACCACUUCCACAUGGAGCACCCUGUUCCCGCCUACCUCGUGGCCCUGGUGGCCGGGGACCUGCAGCCGGCAGACAUUGGGCCCAGGAGCCGUGUGUGGGCCGAACCGUGCCUCCUGUCCAUGGCCACCAGCAAGCUGUCGGGCGUGGUGGAGCAGUGGCUGAGUGCAGCCGAGCGGCUGUAUGGGCCGUAUAUGUGGGGCAGGUACGACAUCGUCUUCCUUCCCCCCUCCUUCCCCAUCGUGGCCAUGGAGAACCCCUGCCUCACCUUUGUCAUCUCCUCCAUCCUGGAGUGUGACGAGUUCCUGGUCAUCGAUGUCAUCCACGAGGUGGCCCACAGUUGGUUUGGCAAUGCCGUUACCAAUGCCACCUGGGAAGAGAUGUGGCUGAGCGAAGGCCUGGCCACCUAUGCCCAGCGCCGCAUCACCACCGAGACCUAUGGUGCUGCUUUCACCUGCCUGGAGACAGCCUUCCGCCUGGAUGCCCUGCACAGGCAGAUGAAACUCCUUGGAGAGGACAGCCCGGUCAGCAAGCUGCAAGUCAAGCUGGAGCCAGGGGUGAACCCCAGCCACCUCAUGAACCUGUUCACCUACGAGAAGGGCUACUGCUUCGUCUACUACCUGUCCCAGCUUUGUGGGGACCCCCAGCGCUUUGACGACUUCCUUCGAGCCUACGUGGAGAAGUACAAGUUUACCAGUGUGGUGGCCCAGGAUCUUCUGGACUCCUUUCUGAGCUUCUUCCCAGAGCUGAAGGAGCAGAGUGUAGACUGCCGGGCAGGGCUGGAGUUUGAGCGCUGGCUCAAUGCCACGGGGCCGCCGCUGGCCGAGCCAGACCUGUCUCAGGGAUCCAGCCUAACCCGGCCCGUGGAGGCCCUCUUCCGGCUGUGGACCGCGGAGCCCCUGGAGCAGGCAGCUGCCUCAGCCAGCGCCAUCGACAUCUCCAAGUGGAGGACCUUCCAGACGGCACUCUUCCUGGACAGGCUGCUGGAUGGGUCCCCGCUGCCCCAGGAGGUGGUGAUGAGUCUGUCCAAGUGCUACUCCUCCCUGCUGGACUCCAUGAACGCCGAGAUCCGCAUCCGCUGGCUGCAGAUCGUAGUCCGAAAUGACUACUACCCUGACCUCCACCGGGUCCGGCGCUUCCUCGAGAGCCAGAUGUCCCGCAUGUACACCAUCCCGCUGUAUGAGGACCUCUGCACUGGUGCCCUCAAGUCCUUCGCGCUGGAAGUCUUCUACCAGACACAGGGCCGGCUGCACCCCAACCUGCGCAGGACCAUCCAGCAGAUCCUGACCCAGGGCCUGGGCCCCAGCGCAGAGCCCGGUGCAGAGCAGGGCGGUACUGGAGCUGAAGCCGAGGGGGACGUGGACACGCCUGCCCUGCUGCUCGGGGACGAGGCCCCCAGCAGCGCCAUCGCUCUCAGGGACGUCAACGUGUCUGCCUAG